CGUCGCUCUAGUUUGCUUAACGACGAAGGACUUGAACCUCAUAGGGACAAAACAGUCAAUUCCACUAGGAGAAAACUGAAAGAGCUGGACUUCCGCAACGGAGCUUAUGCCGUUACAACAUCCGACGUAAAAAGGGCUCAACAUUUUCGAGGAGUAAAGGAGGACCCAGAUUGCACAGAAUUACAACUCAAUUCUCCCGUCUGUACAAAGGAGAUACAAACAUGGGGCUGCUAUCCAACAGAGUCGCUAAGGAGAGCCUGAAACCAGGGGAUCAUAUCUAUUCAUGGAGGACUGCUUAUAUUUAUGCCCAUCACGGCAUCUACGUUGGAAAUGAUAGAGUCAUUCAUUUUACAAGACACGGCCAAGAAGUUGGUACAGGAACUGUUCUGGAUCUCCUGUUGCUGAGCUCGGGGCCAGCUCGAACUCAAGUGCAUUGCCCUACCUGUACCCCACCAGAUGAAGGUCAUGGUGUCGUUUCCUCAUGCUUGAACUGCUUCCUUGCUGGUGGCAUUUUGUACCGUUUUGAGUAUGCAGUCAGCCCUGCUCUCUUUAUUGCAAAAGCACGAGGUGGAACUUGCACUCUUGCAGUGUCAGAUCCAAAUGAUUUAGUGGUCCAUCGGGCAAAAUAUUUGCUUGAAAAUGGAUUUGGUUGCUAUAAUGUUUUCAAGAACAACUGUGAGGACUUUGCGAUCUACUGCAAAACUGGGCUGCUUGUUCUAGAUCAAGCAACCAUUGGGCAAAGUGGUCAAGCAAUAUCGAUUAUAGGUGGGCCUCUUGCAGCUGUGUUGUCAACUCCACUGCGUCUUGUUACUACAAACAUUUAUGGGAUGGCAGCUACAGCAGUUGGGGUUUAUUGUGCAAGUCGAUAUGCUGCUGAUAUUGGGAUGAGAAGGGAUGCAGUGAAGGUUUCAGUUGAGGAUCUGACGAGAAGACUGGCAACAGGCUUGCUUCAGGUGAUUGAACCCCAAGUUUCGGCAGCCCCUGCCCAUUAGUAUCUCGUACUGGUUACUAAGAGUGUUGUUGCGGUGUUGUUUCUUCCGAAUCUGGUCAAUCAUACGUCAAGGUCCAUCAAAUUUGUUGUAAAAUGUAGUUUUAACUAAUGUUGUUUUGCGGAUAUGCAGAUCUGCAGAUCUGCCAUUUAUUAUCUAAAGAACUAUAUGCUCCAAAAACCUGUUUACUCAUGUCUUUGAUAGGAGCAGCAACCAUUUGUGUGUGAAACCAUAAUGAGUGUUCUCUCAACAUUCUCUUUGAGAACCUCUGGCUUCAAGUCUUUAUCUAUACCUGAUAGAGUCCUUAAGUCCAUUA